CAUAACUAUAAACAAUAUGAACACGAGCAUAGAUGAAACUUUUAGGAAUGGGACAGUUUUUGUAACCGGAGGAACAGGGUUUUUGGGGAAAAUACUUACUGAUAAAUUACUUAGAUCUUGUUCAUUGAAAAAAAUUGCAAUUCUUGUGAGAAGUAAGAAAGGAAUCGAUUCAAUUCAAAGAGUUGCAGAUAUCUACAAUCAAUCUAUAUUUGAUUGUCUUCGAAUAGAAAAGCCUGACUUCGGGACCAAGAUAAAAAUAAUCGAAGGAGAUUUGGAACAACCCUCACUAGGUUUAUCGUCAGAUGAUCGUGAGUGGUUGAUCGAAAAUGUGAAUUUCGUUUUUCACUGUGCCGCAACAAUAAAAUUCAAUGAAACUAUUCAGACAGCAACAAAAAUAAAUAUACAGGGAACAGAUAAUAUUUUAGACCUUGCAACGAUGAUGAGAAAUCUUAAGGGUUUUGUACACGUAUCGACAGCUUAUUCACAUUGUCCGAGAAAUGUAAUUAAAGAAGAAUUCUAUCCUGCUCCGAUUACGGCCAAGGAGCUAAAAAAUAUGUCCAUUGACGAGAUAUCACGUGCAAAAAUUUUAGAAAAUUGGCCUAAUACAUACACAUUUACUAAAGCAAUCACAGAAAAUAUGAUUUCGAGCAAUGAUUAUCAAUUGCCGAUUUCCAUAUUUCGUCCAUCGAUUAUUGGAUGCGUCAAAUUAGAACCUAAUAGCGGUUGGUUGGAUAAUAUUAAUGGACCAUCUGGUAUAGUCACCGGAGUCAUAGCUGGAUUUUUAAGAACGAUACAGCUUGACAAGAAUAAAAUCGCUGAUAUUAUUCCAGUUGAUUAUACAGUUAAUGCAUUGAUCAGUGUUAUGUGGGACACAGUUAACAGACAUCAACAUUCAAAUCAAACGAAAAAGGUACCAAAAAUAUAUAAUUACGUUUCUAGUGCUGAAAGCCCAUUGACAUGGGGUAGAUUUAUUAAAAUGCACAGUCAUUAUUUUGAAGUUCCUCCGCUGCGAUCGAUGUGGUAUAUAUUUUACAUUUUCUAUACCAAUUUAUUGAUUGGCACAGUUCUAAGAAUUUUGCUACAUAAGAUACCGGCUGCAUUAAUGGAUUUGUUAUUAAUUAUAUGUGGUAAACCUCCUAAAAUGUUGAAGAUGUAUGCAAAAACAGAAAAUAUGAUGGAUUUGCUUAAAGUAUUUACUACAAGACAGUGGUUAUUUGACAACGAAAAUACAAGAAAACUUUGGUUAUCAUUAAGUAAAGAAGAUCGUAACAUAUUUUGGUUUAGUUUAGAAGAAUUCGACUGGAAUGCUUAUAUACAAAUUUAUUAUUUUGGGAUCAGGAAACAUAUACUUCACGAAGACCUGACUAAUACAGAGAAGGCUGUAUCGAAAAAUCAAAAAUUAUUCUGGUUGCAUAAUUUGUGCAUUGUUCUUAUUAUUUAUCUCGUAAUACAAUUGUUGUAUUGUACGUUUUUAAUGUAAUGCAUACCUAUACACAUAUAAAUCACGAUUCAAUAAUACUUCUGCAGAUUAUUAUCAUAAAGCCAAACA